AUGGCGCAGCGGGAAAAGAGCAGAGGGGAAUUUAAGAACGAAAAGGUUAUUCCUAAUAGCAUUAGCUCUAUAUUGAGUGAUCAGGACGAACUAGGAAUUGACAACAUUCGAUUAAUAGACUAUGGAGGAAAAGACGACGAGAUUUUCAAAGACCUGUCCAUAAAUGACCAGGAGAGUAUAAGUGAGCUAGACAUAACAAAGAUAUAUGAAAACGAGCUAGAACAGAGCGAUGAUGAUUUAAGCAUAGAUGAAGAUGAAAUAAAGAAAAUAAAGGGAUUUGAAGAGAGCAUAAACCAAAAAUCUCGGAACAACACCCACUUGUUAGGCACUUUUUACCCGCAGAUAGACACAGCCUACAACUCAAGAGUGGCUGAUCUAAACAGUGAUGUUGACAAUGACAUAUGCAAAGAAAAUAUUAAAAAGAUUCACAGCUAUUUAAAAGAAGAUCAAGAGAAAGAAGAGGAAAUACAAGUGGAAAUCGAAAAGACUUUGGAAUAUAUUCGCAAAUUAAAGGACACCUCUUCGGAUGCUGCAGCACAUACCAAGUUAUAA